CCGGGCUGCGGCUCUCCCGGCGGGACCCACUUCUCUGGCGGGGAAACUGAGCCUCAGAAGCAUGAGUGAUUUGUGAGUUUGCAUAGCAAGUUAGAGUUACAGCCAAUUUGUCUUGCUUACCGCGGGGUCUCCCAUCUUUAGGUCAGACCAUGUGGCCCCGCCCCUUUCCUCUGAUGGCUGCGGGCACUUUAAGUGAGGAGGUGGGGGCGAGAGGAGGUUUAAAAAAAAAAAUCUGCUUUUCAAGAUGGCGGCCCACUAAUCACGUGCCGAGUCUCGGCGAAUGAUUGGCUCUUGGCGCCCCCGAGGGGCGGAACUCUUAGCAAGGGGCGGGGCCCUCGAGGGGAGCAGCAGGCUACAGUUUGCCGGAACCUCCCGGCGCGCCCCCGCGAGCCCCCCUCCCGCCCGGCGCGCGACCCCGCUGUUUCGAAUGUUGUGAAUCAAAUGUGGGGUUUGUUACAUUCCGCUGCCGCCGCGGACAGUUCUUAAAGGGCCAGUCGCCGGCAGCUGCGCAAACCCGGCCGCGUCCUGCGCCGCCUCCCGCUCCCCGAGGGCCUGGGCCGAGAGACUGACCGCGCGUGGGCAUCGCGAGGCAGACGCCCGGCGAACGGACAACAAAGAAAGAGGGGCCCGGAAGGAGCCGGACUGCCCCCGGACCGGGGGGGUGGGGAAGGGAGCACAUUGUUCCUCAGGGCGGGGGCUCUUAAAGGGUCCAGGCAGCACACUCCCACCCCCCCGCCCCCUGCCCAGCUUGGCCGUCCUAGAUCGGGAACAAAGGAGUCAACGUGUGGCCAGGCGGCCGAAGGGUUGUGAGCCCUGGCCCAGCCCCUCCACCCCUCUGCCUCCCCUGAUGCAGCCAUGGGCUCUGGCAGUGACUAGGUGGCCGCCCUCUGCCCCUGUGGGUCAGCGGCGAUUCUCUGCAGGACCCAGCAGCAGCCCAGGCCAGCUCUGGGGAAGCCCUGGCCGUGAGGGCCCCCUGGCCAGCCCACCUACCCAGGAUGAGCGCUUACCCUCCCAGCAGCCGCCGACCCGACCAGCAUACCUCCCCGUAGAGGAGCGCCGAGCCUCGGCUCCUGCCGGCGGGAGCCCCCGAAUGCUGCACCCAGCCUCCCAGCAGAGCCCGUUCAUGGUUGAUCUCCACGAGCAGGUGCACCAGGGACCUGUCCCUCUGUCCUACACAGUCACCACAGUGACGACCCAAGGCUUCCCCUUGCCUACAGGCCAACACAUCCCUGGCUGCAGCAGCCAGCAGCUCCCAGCAUGCUCCGUGAUGUUCAGCGGGCAGCACUAUCCUCUCUGCUGCCUCCCGCCCCCGCAGCUGAUCCAGGCAUGUACCAUGCAGCAGCUCCCUGUGCCCUAUCAGGCCUACCCCCACCUUAUCUCCAGUGACCACUAUAUCCUGCACCCUCCACCGCCAGCCCCACACCCCCAGCCCGCUCAUAUGGCGCCUCUUGGGCAGUUUGUGUCGCUGCAGACCCAGCACCCACGUAUGCCCCUGCAGCGCCUCGACAGUGACGUGGACCUGCGGGGGGAUCAGCACCCCCUGGGGAGCUUCACCUACUCCACCUCUGCCCCGGGCCCAACUCUGUCCCCGUCCGUGCCCCUGCACUACCUGCCCCACGAUACCCUGCACCAGGAGCUGUCCUUUGGUGUGCCAUAUUCCCACAUGAUGCCCCGGAGACUGAGCACCCAGAGAUACCGCCUGCAACAGCCGCUCCCGCCACCACCCCCGCCGCCUCCGCCACCACCGUAUUACCCCAGCUUCCUGCCCUACUUCCUCUCGAUGCUGCCAAUGUCACCAACAGCAAUGGGGCCCACCAUCAGCCUGGAUCUUGAUGUGGAUGACGUGGAGAUGGAGAACUAUGAGGCCCUCCUGAACCUGGCAGAGCGGCUGGGAGACGCCAAGCCUCGCGGCCUCACCAAAGCGGACAUCGAGCAGCUUCCAUCAUACCGCUUUCAUCCCGACAGCCACCAGUCAGAGCAGACGCUGUGUGUCGUCUGCUUCAGCGACUUCGAGGCACGGCAGCUGCUCCGGGUCCUCCCCUGCAACCACGAGUUCCACACCAAGUGUGUCGACAAGUGGUUGAAGGCCAACCGGACGUGUCCCAUUUGUCGGGCUGACGCUUCCGAGGUGCCCAGGGAGGCUGAGUGAGGUCCACAGCCACCCAGGAGAACCCUGCCCAAAGCUCUGGAAACUCCGGGGGCCCGGGAAGGCUGGGGAGGGCGUGGCCCAGACCUGCCCUGCUGUUCCUGCCUGCAUCUCCAGAGCUGGUGCCAGGGUCAGCCCGAGAGAAGCCCCUGCAAUAAGCCCUUGCAUUUGCCAAGCUCCAAAGACUCCCUCCCCGUUUGCCCACUAGUCUAAAAGACGCCCGCCAGGGAGCGGCCUGAGAGUCCCUAACUCAGUCUCUCUCCUGUUUGCCUUCGGGUCUGUCUCCUUUUCCUGCCGGCACUGGGAGCCAGGGGUUCAUUCCCCUCGUGUGGCUGGUGGAGAUCCUUGGCCCCGGGAUGGGCAAAGGGGGUGCUGUCCUGGGUCGCCUGGUCUCUUGCACUGAAGUGGUGUGCUCUCUGCUCAGGUGGCACUGACAGGCGUGGACAGACAGUGGCAGGAGGCCAGUGGGUUCUCCUGCCUUGACCCCAGACAGACUCAGGCAGCCAGCCCGACCCAGGUUGCUGUGGGGUGGGGCUGGCUCCCUAGAGGACCCUCGCCUCGGGCACAACAUUCCUGCCCCAAGCCCAGGCUGGAGGGCAUCAGAGCCAACCUCCCGAGCAGGUGGGAGGCAGGCCCUGACCCGGGGCGGCAUGUAUCCUGAGGGGGCCUGGACCAGGCCAGGGAGAGUGAUUUCCUGUGUUGCUGGUGGCCGCCCCUGCCUGGCGGUGACAGGGCCCAGACCCAUGCCCGAUCUCCCCUCUGUCGUUUUGCAUGAACGUGAGGAGCAGCAGUUUUUGUUUAUUCAUUUGGCCCGAAAUCACGUGUAGGAUUUGAGGGUGUGGAUUUUUUAAACAAUUUCUUUUCUUUUGGUUUAAUGGGGGGGGGUGUAUAGGGACCAACCAGGACCAGGUGCCCAGGGGCAGGGAAUGGUCUGGUGGUGCCGCCUGGUCUGCAUGCAUGUGUGCGGCUGGGGCGGGGCCGGGCGGCUGGCGGUCAUGGGUGGGGUUUGGGGGGGUUGGGGGGGGUCUGUGCUCAGCUGAUAACUGCCAUGCACUGUACUGCACACGUCCCCAGAGCCUACCGGGACCGUACGCUUUUCAGGGCAUUUCUCCCUCUCUAGCCAGGGCCUGCCUGCCACCUGCUUGGGCGUGUCUCCAGGGAAGUCCCAGGGGGACAGGGUCCAAGGAGGGUGUGGACCCCGCCUCCAGGGGCCCCCUCCCAGCCUGAGCCCUGCCCUCCAAGACCUGGAGGAGCCCCCGGAGGGUCUGGCCGAGCUCCCUACCCUCGCCCACCCGGGUCCCAUUCCGUUUCUUCCUCACCCCCCGCUGGGGUUGCUGCCCCGAACGAACCGCGUGUGGGGCCGGCACAUCCUAGCAGGCAGCCCCUGGCGCCUGCCGCCUCAGGGAUGCUCCAACCACCCUCGUUCUUCCGCAGCGGCCCUGGCCCCCCGCCUCCCCCAAGCCCGCCGUGGGGCCCCAUCAGCCUGGCCCCGCCCCAUGGAGAACCCAGAGUCUUACUGUAUAUAACUCCAGGUGACAUUUCUAUAUUUAUAGCAGUGUUGAAACCCCACCUGUUUUACACAGAGAACUACCCUCUCCGACCCCUUCCCUUCCCCACCCCCCAAAAAAAAGGUUUUCGAAACCCUUAACGGUUCCUGGGGCAGGCGGAAACAGGCUCACGGAUGGUGUAUUGACUGCAGCAGUGAUUCCAACGAGCAGCUAUUGGGGGGGAAACACAACAUUUAAAAAAAAAAAAAAGUUAAAAAAAAAAGAUUUAUAAAACAAUUAUUUAGGAUGUUUGUGAUUUGCCGACCUUGCUAUAGAUGCCAUGUUACCAAUGAUUUCCUGUGGUGGGGGCUUGUCAUUGUUUACUCUUUUAUUUACCAACUUCUGGCCUAGGCAUGACAGUGGGUGCUGUCCCCCAGCCCUGGCUGGGCCCAGCGCCUGUGUUCUGUGUUAGAAAGAAAGGUCUUUUAUAUAUAUAUAUAUAUAUAUAUAUAUAUAUAUAUAUAUAUAUAAAAUUACAUAUAUAAAUAUAUGUAAUUUGGGGGGCCCUGUUCCUUGCACAUUUUACAGUUACCUCAUUUUUCCCAUGUAUGUAUUUGAGAAAAUGCUAAUAUAUAGAGAAAAAAAUGGUUCUUAAAGCUUAAAUGUGUGGUUUUCUCCAUUCCAUUGGAUUCACAUUGGUUUGUAGCAUUUAACAUAACUAGUAUGUUGUAUUAUAUAUGUGUAUACUGAUUGAAAUUUUUAACAGAUUUGUACUUUUUUUAAAAUGAAACUUGCUAGUUCUGCUUGACCAAGUAGUGCAAUCAUUAUUUUUUUUAAUAUUGUUGCUGAUUUCAGAGGGAUAUUCACUAAUAAUAAAUGUAUGAUGUAUAUCGAGUA